AUGCGGAUCUCUUGUCUGGUGAACUUGGUCUGCCGGCACAGGUCCUCAAGGGCGACGGGCCUAGGGUGCGGAAACGCAGACGUGUUGUUCAACUGUUCCUCGAGCUCGAUUAGUGUCGCCUCUUCGAUGAUCGGGCUGUCGGGGGGCGUCGCCAUUGCACGGUGGCCCCCCAAUCGUUCACCGUUGCUGCUGUUGCUGCCGCUGCCGCCGCUGUUGCCUCAGCUGUUGCUGCAGCCGCUGUCGUUGCCCCUGACGGCGAGGUCGUUGCUGUUUGCGCUGUUUUCCCGGUCGUCGCACGCUAUCGGCACACGCACUGGCCACCCUAUGGUCCGCCCCGGUCCACCAGUUGUCCCGGCACUUCAUCGUCCACGACAAGGACGACCGGAGCGAUCGGCGGCGGCGGCCACCGCCCAAUUAUUUCGUUGCUCGAUUCAAUAUUUUAAUGGCCUGUGGGUCACCUAA